GAAGACACUAAUCCCGUGUCGAAACGUUGGGCAGUUAAUAAACAUCGUUUCACUGUUAAAAGACUGCGUAGCCGUUUCUAAGAGAAAGUUGAAUCCCAACAGUCGAACCUCCAAUAGCAUAUAACAUAAUGGCAGCUUUACAGCAUUCAUUCUUUCGGUACAUUGACGAAAACUACGAACACAGUACAGCAGACGCAAUGAAGUCAUACGCGUCCAACAACAAAAAAUUGGCAAAUCUCCAGAACCAGAAAUCGUUCCUCAUCAUGUGCAGACGACAGGGGGUUUUCCCGUCUCACAUUGUAAACUCGUUUAAAUGCGUACAUCAGCUCCUGGCAGAAAAUGGUCCGUAUGUCAACAAAAUCGACAGAACCAUCAAUAGAUUCAAGAGGGCCAUUCUGAAUCUAGAAAUAAAGCAAACGUUCUUCAAGAUAAAACAGGUGGAAAAACAAAUGAAGACGUUGGUUUCCGAUAUCCGCUCCCUCACCAGCGAGAGCGUGAUCAACGAGUUCAUAAUCACGCAAAGAGCAGCGCAUAACGGGUGGCUAGGCAGGAACAGCAGACGAACAUCAAGGAAGUUGACGAAUAUCGUGCAGGGUAUAACCAGUAACGACAGACAGCAACCGUCGUUCAACGAGCGUGCCAUCCUCAACGCAACCGAACUGGAUAUACCCACGAACACCCUGCACCUGUUAAGUCUCGGUCCCAAGUUCGCUCUUCCUACCACAUCGUUGUCGCAGAUAGCGUUCUACCAUCUCUUUGCCGAAACAGAGAGAAUUCUGCUCACGAAUGGAGACAAAAAAGUGCAAGACACCAACCGAUGCCGAAUCGUGAAUGUAACUCAAAAUUUCAUUCACGGCUUCCACUCGAUGGUGGAUACACGAGACAGCGUCACCAAGUUCUGUGUGUCGGCAACCAAUACUACAAAAAGGUUCCUACAGUCCCACCCGGAAAUAUGCGUUCUGUCGGCAGACAAGGGGAACAGGACGGUGAUAAUGAGGAGGGAGGAUUAUGACAACAAAAUGCGGGCGUUGGUAAAUGAUGCUACCACCUACGAAAAGGUUAAGACAGAUCCCACGUCCAGGUACCAAAGUGGGAACAACAACAUAGUCAAAAGGCUCAAAGAUCUCAAGCUCAUCGACUACAGAACAGCGAACGACCUUACCUCGACCAAUGCGAUAUGUCCCCGAAUCUACGGACAGCCAAAAGCGCACAAGCCGGAUCUACCCCUGCGCCCCGUAAUCCCCAACGUAACAGCCCCAACAUACAAGCUGGCCAAAUACAUCGCUGGGAUCCUGCAAAGCUCCUUCCAUAGCCAGUACAACACCUCCAGUUCAUUCGAAUUCUGCAACGAGGUCAACAAUAUCACACUUCCAGAGGGGUACAUCAUGAUCUCCCUAGAUGUUACGUCGUUGUUUACCAACGUCCCCCGGAGGUUGGUGAUUAAGAGCAUAAUUGAGCGAUGGAAUGAAGUCAAAACUCACAUAAACCUAGACCUGUUCUUGGAGAUUGUGGAGUAUUGUAUGGUAGCCAGCUACUUCUGCUUCGAAGGCCAAUACUUUAAGCAGACGUUUGGCACGGCAAUGGGCAGCCCACUUUCCCCCAUAAUAGCGGACAUUGUGCUGGACUCGGUGAUAUGCACAGCUAUGCAAUCUCUACCAUUUGAGAUAACGAUAUUCAGAAAAUACGUGGACGACAUUUUCAUGGCGAUCCCACGGAACAGCAUACAACUAGUCCUCGAAACCUUCAACAGCAUAGAACCGAGGUUGCAGUUCACAAUCGAGUGCGAAAAGGAUCAUCGUCUAGCGUUCUUGGAUAUGACGGUCAUCCGCAACGAGGACCAAACUCUGACGACAGAUUGGUACGCGAAACCGAUCGCCUCCGGCAGGAUGCUGAAUUACACGUCUUUCCACCAGCCAAAGCAUAAAAUCAACGUGGCGAACAACUUUAUUCACCGAGUAUGCUCGCUAACCCGCAACAAAACAAUGCAGGAAAUCACCGAUUUGAUCCACCACCACCUUCGGAUAAACAACUACCCCAAGCACCUGAUCAACAGACUGCUGAACAUGUACACCACCAAACCCGAAGCAACCCAUCCUCAAACCAGCAACCCACCCAGCCGACCAUCAUGCCAGCUAUCUCCCAUACCACCCACAACACCGCCAAGAACCGCCAACACAACAGAAUCCACCCAACACCAACCAUUUCAUCAGCCACACACCCAACCAGCCAUAAUGCCAGAUAGCCACCCACAAACCAACAGCCCACCCAGCCGACCAUCAUGCCAGCUAUCGCCCGUUCCGCCCACAACAUCGUCAACAUCCGGCAAUACCACAGGAUCCACUUUAUGCCAGCCGCAACACCAGCCACCAUCCCAGCCAGCCAUCCUGCCAGCAAAUCCAACCCAACUUGAUCCACCGCUUCAAAAUUCGUCUGAUGUCAUCAUUGCAGAUCAAAACCUCCAAACCAGAACAACCAGCAUCAACCAAACUAUCAACACGACCGGACCGAUGAAUCACCUACAGAGAGCAGAACAACCUGAAAUGACACAAUAUGAAAAAACCUACAGAUCAAUUCCAUAUGUACCUACCCUCACACGACGAAUCACCAAGAUACUGGCCAAGGACUACCCAAACAUUACGAUCACCACUAGACAAUCACGGAUGGUUAACCAGCUCCAUACGAAAGUGAAACACCCUACAAAUAGAGGAGAAAUAAGCAACGUAAUUUACAAGAUUCCAUGUAACAACUGUGAUAGCUGUUACGUUGGAAUGACCAGAAACAACCUGAGUAGGAGACUGAUAGGACACAAAAGUAACGUAAACAAACUGGAGAAAAUUAUGAGCAACAGUCAGACUAACACAGAUACAGCGAAAGCAACACUAAUAGAAACAACCACCGCUCUAAUCCAACACUGCAUACAACACAACCAUAGAUUCAACUUAGACCUAACACAGAUUAUAGAUCACAGCUACAAACCGACCAUACUACCAUUCCUUGAAAUGUGUCACAUCACGAAUACAGACCAUACAGUUAAUAAGCGAACAGACAUCGAUAGGCUAAGUACUACAUACGCAGCAGUGUUGCACAGCAUCAAGAAUAUGACCAUACGCUACAAACCGAACACACAAGACAAUUCUGUAGACCAAACGUAGUUAUUAAGAUAGGGCAUUAUCGCUACCAACCAAUAUUCGAACAAAACUGGGGAGAUUCUAAACGUGAAAUUGCGCCAUUGCCAAUUGUCCGUUGAAAGUAAAAACAAUUCAUUAAGUCAUGUACCAAAAAAACAUUACCAGGACAGUUACAGUUAGACAAAACACAAGACCAGAACGACCAAGUUAAUUUCCCCUGAAGAAGACACUAAUCCCGUGUCGAAACGUUGGGCAGUUAAUAAACAUCGUUUCACUGUUAAAAGACUGCGUAGCCGUUUCUAAGAGAAAGUUGAAUCCCAACAGUCGAACCUCCUGUUGGGAGGAAACUUUCGGGUUCUUACGAGCCGAAACACCGUAUCAUUGGGUGUAGUUCGAAGCUGAAAGCUAAGCCUUUAAUUAGUUUUAUAACGGUUUACAAAUUACAAAAACACUUACAUCGGUCACCCUAGUUUUUAAAAUUCUUCCCAACAAAUGGAUUGA